AUGUCCAAGUUGAUUGUCAUCACAGGUGUCACGGGAGUCCAGGCAAGUGUGCUUCCCACGAAUCCAAGGCAUCUUACUUACAUUCUACAGGGAGGCUCCGUCGCAAGCACAUACCUCCAGCUUCCAGGAUGGAAGGUCCGCGGUGUCACCCGCAACCCAUCUUCUCCUAAAGCCAUGGAGUUACAGGCGCGAGGCGUCGAGAUCGUCUACGGGGACCUGAACUACCCUGACAGCCUGGAAGCCGCAUUCCAGAAUGCAAACAUCAUCUUCGGCGUGACUGACUUCUGGACAGUCUUCCAAGACGCCGAAAGCAUGAUCAAGAAACGACCGGACCAGGACCUCACGGAAUAUUGCUUUGAAGUAGAGGUCCAGCAGGGGAAGAAUCUGGCGGACACCGCCGCCCGGAUCCCGACACUGGAACGCUUUGUCUUCAGUUCCAUGGCGUCCGCCAACAAGUGGAGCAAAGGAGAAUUCCCCAGAGUCUUCCACAUGGACUCGAAGGCGGUAGUAGUUGACCAUGUUCGAGGUCUGCUGAGCUUGAAAGACCGCUUCUCGCAGAUCCAGGCACCGAUCUACUUCAAUCUGCUUUGGCAAUGGGGUCUGCCGACAACACCGAAAAAGCAAACCGACGGCUCCUAUCGAAUCUCCGGGGUUGGCCCGGCCGACAUUCCCGUUCCGUUUGGAGACGUGCAGAACGACUUUGGUCGGUGUGUCAAAGCGGUAGCGGAUGGACCUCCGGGCCUGAACCUUCUGGCUGUUGGGGAUGUUUUGUCAUGGGAGACGUAUCUUGACAUCUGGUGCCAGUCGCAGGGGGUACCGAACGGUGGCUACCAACUUCACACCAUUGAGUCCUUCGAGAAGCUCCUGCCUGGUGGACUCGGUCGUGAAUUUGGGGAAAACGUGCUUUUCGCGCAGCAGUUCGGAUAUGACGGGGGUGAUCCCACGGUGGUCCGACCCUCGCAGGUAAGCAUAUUGCCUUUA